CACAAUCCAGUUACUUUGGUCCAACAGUCUCUUUUUCUGAAGAGGAGAAAUAAGAUGUUACCUUAACUCAUCAUCGCUAUGGUAGUUAGUGGUGAAUUUAAGAGGCGAUCCACAUGAAAUUAAUAGUAUAAGAAAAUUCAGGUGUUGCGGGGUCCUUUACCUGUUGAAGAUUGAAAGAAAAUCACCUUGCUCUUCAUCCUUGGCUGGCCCUUGAGUUUGUCAACCAUGAAGAUCCAUUGUCUUGUCUUCAUAUUGCCAAUUUUAUUCUCAUCGCCCACACCAGGUUUCUCUGGAAGAGUGCUGCUUCCUUUUUCUUGUCUCAUGAGUAGGGGCUUCUGUUUUCCACUCAGAUGCCUUCAUAACUGGGAAGAGAUUGGCAGGUGUUUAUUCCCUACACAAAAGUGCUGCAGAAGACAGAAGCAGAACUAAAGAAAGCCAACUGCUAAGACCAUGGUGGAGAGAGAUGCUGUUCCCCUAAGAUAUGUUUAUGAAAUGUAAACCCCAUUAAAUCACUGGUCAGAAUCAGGG